AUGCCACGUAAGCUACGUAAGAAUAUACGUAAGAGGAAGAGAGCAUUGAAACAUCCAAUAGUAAAACUGACACCACAACAACAGUUGCAACAACAAAUGCUGAAUGACCCCACUAUGUUGCAACAAAUGUCAAGCAAUCCUAUGCUUUUAAACCGAGUUCUUGGUGCACAGAGUGGAGGUUUAAGAGCGGCACUUUUAGCGAAAAUGGCAGGCUAUGGUGGAGCUGCAGACGGAACAGCCUAUAACCCUCAAAGUCAAAUGAAUUUGAGUUCACUCAAAAAUCAAAUAUCAGAUGUCAAAAAGUCAAACAUAGACAUACAGAAACAAAUAAGUGAAAACGAAAAGAAACUAGAAUAUGACAGACACACAAAGAAACUCAAUGAGUUAAACGUAGAGAAAAAGAAGAAAGAAGAACAACUGAAAGAACUAAGUACAGAGGAAUAUGCGAAAAAAGUGUCAGAAAAAGCAGCAGAAGUAGCAAAAAUGGAACAAGAUGUUAUAAAUUUGAAAAACCAUACUACUCAAUAUAAAGUACUGAAAGAUGAAGAGAUAAAACAAAAAGCCCUGAAGACAUAUAUGGAUAGCGAUGAGUAUAAAAAAGAAGUUGAAGCAAAUGUAAAGGCAGAAAAACUUUUACA